AUCUGGUGACCCACUCUUCAAAUACCCCGUAGAUUUCCAUGCCGUGUUUAAUUCUAACUCACCAGAAAUAAAACCCUAUUCAUUUUCAAUGGAGUUUCAUUUCUGGUGAGUUAGAGUUAAACCGGUGAGUAUGCCAGAGGAAAAUUCAGGGCCAUCGGCGUGUCAUCUUGCAGAGCUGCUGCGGACCUGCCGCACGCCCCCUGAUGUUCUACAGGUGGAACUGCACCCCAUGUGGAGCUACUGCAAGCUGCGGCGUGUGUGCGCGGAGAGUGACGUGUACUUCCAGGCCUUCUCGUCCCUUGGCCAGGGGGCGCUGGUGCAGAAGCCCGAGGUGGUGGCCGUGGCGGAGGCCUGCAGGCGUACCCCAGCCCAGGUGUUGCUCAGGUGGGCGCUGCAGCAGGGCGUGGGGGUGCUGCCGAGCUCGAGGGACAUCACACGCGUGCAGGAGAACGGUUGCGUGUUCGACUUUGAGCUGAGCCUUCAGCACGUGCAGAGACUGAGCGCACUGGACUGUGGCCGGAGAGUCUGCAGGAGGGACCCUUCCUGUGUAACCUAGAACAGUGGUUUCCAACCAGGGCUACACAACAUUGCAGUGGGAACGUGGAAAAAUGCAAUUAUUACACAGGUAGGAGCUUAGUUACAUUGGGAUAGAGAAAGGGUUGUAAUGCAUAAGUAAGAGGGUGCUCAUGGUAUGACCAAAAUGCUAAGGGGGUUACACAAGAUAAAAAAGGUUGGGGAAAAACUGGCCUAGAGCAGUGGCUCUCAAACGCGUCAUACUCUGGCUUUCUGCAGUGGUUCGUAACUAUUUUUCUUACAGCCCCCCCUUGCCUGUUCCUUAGACGAGCCGCCUAAUUCUAAUGUUCACAAGCAGAAUUUUGUUCACAUCAGCACAAACACUGACCCACUGAGCACAAUCUUUGUGCGGCAAAUAAUUGUCCCUAAUUAUUGUACCUAGCAAAAUAUUUUAGCUUCUUUGUGCAGAUUCAGCCAAUGUUGAACAGACUCAACCACAGUACACCAUUGCCAUACUGCUAUGACGUCACCCAAGUGUCUUAGUAAGUAACAGAUUAAGAUUUGGUUGUUACAAUUUUGGUGACAAGAACAACGCAAAAGGGGAUUUAAUUAAUGCCACAUAAUACAGCCCCGCCCCCCAACACCACCACCCCGUUGGCCUGUGUUGGUUUAGCUCCCUGCUCUCUCCUGGUAGGCACAUGUGCACACACCCUGGAAAUCCUGCAAUUAUUCUGAUUUUGUGCUGUUUUUGUUACCAGGAAAAUGAACAAGUCUGCCUGCUUUG